AACUGCUCCAAAGUUCUUCCAAAUAAAUUCUGUAUACUAUGCAGACUUUGUUAGACUCUUGAAAUGCCUUCAAUGCAUUUCAUUUGGUAGCCAUUGCAAACUUCAAUUCUGUUGCAAAAAGUGUAUUAAACAGAAACGGGAGGGACCUACCUGAAUUUGUCCAAUUGAAAUGUUGUUUUGUUCUGUUUGUUGCCAUUUGGUUCUUAAACUGUAAACAGUUUUCGUAUUGAAUACAACCCUGGUUAACUUUGUACAGCAGAGUUGUUUUGAAGGGCCGGGUUUGUUUCCAUGAGAUUUGGUCAUUAUGAGGCUUUGGACCUGAGCCGCAAAUCUCUUACUAGUGACACAGCUCUCUAUUUUCCAUGUGCACUCUCCCAGAAACCUCUCAGAAACCCAACUCUUUUUGCUUCAAAAUAGCAACAUUUUUAAAUGCCCAUGGUCGGCCUGCCUCAGUGCUUCGGAUAUUUUCUUUGGACCUUUCUAAGGCUGUGUUUACGCAGGCAGCCCAAUUCAGAUAUGUUUUCACUAAUUAGUCUUUUGACCAAUCACAUCAGAUCUUUUCACAUCAGUGCUUUUUCAGAGCUGCACUGGUCAAAAUACAAAAGAGUGAAAAAAAUAUCAGAUUUGGGCAGCCUCUGAGAAUUUGCACCUGCCUGAAAUCAACAUAAUUAGCUGUUGAGAGAAAUGGGGACUUUCAAAGGGGACAGUUUUUCUGAUAAAGAGGGAUAAUUAGUGUAUCAAGCAAGGUCCUAAUCAGCAUGUUUGAUUGAUAGCAAUCCUCAUUCAAAUAGGAAGGAGCUCCUUAGCAGGACGUCACUGGAGAGUCAGAAGUUGAAUCUGAUGGGAGAGGUGUCCUACCUGAAACUGAAGCUGGUGGACAUGGAGGAGAAACAGUUUCAUGGAGUAGAGAGGCAGCACAAAGCAGAGAGUGUCGUAAACUUGAUUAGUGAGCUGCAGGAGCAGAUGUGUAGGUUUCAGCAGGAGAUCAAUUGCAGGAUCCGGGAGAAAACAGGGCAGGCUGACAGCAGCCUACAGAAGGCCUGCGACACUUGGUCCACGGAUGCCCAAAACCCAGACCAGGGGCUCGCCUGUGAUGGUAGCCCAGAGGAGGUACACGACAGUGGGCUGGAGGAGCCUCCUGACGUGAUCCCAUUCUCAGGUGUGGAGAAUAGCUCCAGUACUUCUGAGGAGCAGUGCUGCUGUGGAAGCGAGAGUGUCAAACUUCAAGAGCUCAGACUUCUCAAGGAGAAAGUAGACUAUCUUGAAGACCAGAAGUCCCAGUAUGAGAGGAGACUCAAAGCAACAAAGGCAGAGCUAUCAGACCUCCAGCAGCUCCUGCUCAGUAAGAAUGCUGAGAUAGACAGCCUGCACACACAGCUCCUGGCCAGACCAUUGUCCACUGAAACCUCGGAGAGAGAGGAUAUGUACAGGAGAAGGCUCAACAACAAGCACCAGGAGCUCCAAAGGUUAAAGACAGGGAUGGAGACGCUGCUGGUUGCCAAUGAUGAAAAGGACCGGCGUAUUGAAGAGCUCACACUGCUCUUAGUCCAGUGCAGACAGUUCAGAGACGUUGCGACUCCAAGACAAGCUCCACCCACUAUCCUCUCAAUAUCCAAUGAGAGUACUCCAUCGAGCAGCAGUGAGGAACGGGAGCAUGGAGUGGUGAUGAGGACAGUUCCUUCCAGUGUACUCCCAGAGAACAAAAAUACUGAGAUGUCCUUCAGCAGUUCAUCCCCACAGCUCGUGUCCCACCUGCCAGCCCAGAAGGAAAGAGAACUCUGGACACAUCCCCGACUUUUAUCAAGCAGUAUGGACAACCUACAGAAUGGAUCUUCAUCGAAGCAUGUAGUGGUGAUUCCUGUAGAGGCUGAAGUGUCUACUGAGAAUAGGCCUGUAGAUAACCGAUGCCAGACCCUGCCGGUGAAGGCCUCCUUCCCAGAGCAUAAUGGAGAGGGAGAGUGCAGUGAGACACAGAGCCAGAGGUCUCCAGAGGGGAGUGAAGACGGAGACUCAAGAAAGACAGAGAAAAUGGACGACACCUCAUCCUCUGAUCUUUCACCCCAGUCUUCAGGGGCGGAGUCAGGUCAACGGACUAUUGGCUCACCAGAGCACAUGAAGAACAAUAACAGUAUCAGAAAGCUCUGGGGAAAGAUCAGGCGGACCCAGUCAGGGGGUCUGCAGGGGGAGGACCUGGAACCAAACCAGUUUAGGAGAGGGGGGCUGCGUGCCACAGCGGGGCCAAGACUGACCCGGACCCCUGAGUCUGGCAGCACUGUUCGGGAUAUGAACACACCAUUCAGCCAGUGGACCAGAGAGCAGGUGUGUGGUUGGCUGGAGGAUUAUGGUCUAGGCCAGUACGUCAACCUGACCCGGCAGUGGGUCGACAACGGACAGACGCUCCUGUCCGCAAGGCCACAGGACUUUGAGAAGGAAAUGGGUAUCAAUCACCCGCUACACAGGAAGAAAUUACAGCUGGCUCUAAGGGGGUUCAGUACUAAAGCCCUGGAGAAGUCCUCUGAGCUGGACCACAUCUGGGUUACACGAUGGUUGGAUGACAUAGGUCUUCCUCAGUACAAGGACCAGUUCCACGAGGGGCGAGUGGAUGGCAGGAUGCUCCAGUAUCUCACCGUGAAUGACCUGCUUUUCCUGAAGGUGACCAGUCAGCUCCAUCACCUCAGUAUAAAGUGUGCUAUCCACGUCCUCCACGUCAACAAGUUCAACCCCCACUGCCUCCGACGCAGGCCUGGAGAGGAGAGGAACCCCUCUCCCUCAGAGGUGAUCCAAUGGUCCAACCAUCGUGUAAUGGAGUGGCUUCGGGCAGUGGACCUGGCUGAGUAUGCACCCAACCUACGGGGCAGUGGGGUCCAUGGAGGUCUCAUUAUUCUGGAGCUGCGGUUCAGCUCUGAGACCCUGGCCAUGCUGCUGAACAUCCCCCCUCAGAAGACCCUGCUCCGCCGCCACCUGGCCACCGCCUUCACCGCCCUGGUGGGGAUGCAGGCCUCUCUGGAGAAACGGGAGUAUGCCAACGCCACCGGCCAUGCACCCCUCACCACCGCUGCCAAAGUCCGGCCCAAGAAGCUUGGAUUCACCCACUUCAGUCACCUGAGGAAGAGGAGGCCGGAUGACUUGGCGGACUACAUCUGCCCGAUAGACAGUGGGGGCCUUUCAGCCAUGAAUGGGGUUUCCCACCGGCCGUACGCAGGGGUCCGAGGCCUUAGCCCCAUCCUGGACAGAGAGCCAGAGAGGCGGGAGCAGGUGGGGCCCAAAAGCUGACACUGACACUCCCCUCAGCCAAUGACUGCAAAUCUUAUGGCUUUUAACCCUGCCCCACAUGUCUAUGUAAACAUGUGGGGCAUCAAGGUGCUGAUUUUGUGAUUCGGGGGAAAUUCAUUGAUUUUAUCACCAAAUGGUUAUUUGCUGGACAAGCUACAGUAUGUGUGCAUAUAAUGAUGUGGAUGUACUCAUUGGGUAUUAGCUGGACAUCCUGUAUGAUAAUUAGCUGGAUUUACUUACUUAUUUACUGGAUAUGCUUAUUAAGUAAUUGACCUGGAUAUGUUGAAAUCAUGACUGACCUGACCGGCUAAAUGAGGAUUCAUAAUGUUACGGUUGUAUAAUGGUUCCCUUUGAAAACCGCUCUCUGCAUUCCUGGAUAAAUUAGAUGGAUUCACCUUUCCUAUCUUCUGCCAUUGCUUCAGAACAUGACCCCUAUGUGUUACUGACCAUUGUAGCCUUCCUCCUUACCUUGCUGGAUUUAGGGUAGCUUAGCUAUCAACGGCCUUUCUUGAGUUAUGGUACAAUGUACAAAAAUGAAUACCAAUUAUAUAAGCUUGUUUGAUUUAUUUUGUUAUAUUUAAUAACUGUAAAAAUUCACAAAAUACAAGGUGCUGUCAUGAUAAUUCAGGUUUGCACACAAUACCCAACUCGGUUAGCCUAUAAUUAUAUAUUGAAAAUAAAAAUCAUUUGCAGGUG